AUGAUCAGCAUGCUUCCCACUAAAACGGGAGUUCCCACACCCAAAUCUCGCCUGAACGGGACGGCACCCGACACAGGGCUCAUCGUGAACAUGCUGCAGUAUCCCUUGUAAAACCCCCGUUUCUUCACCAUUCCAGGGCCAAAGCUAGCUCCGUGGGCAAAAUCAGCUCAGGGUGGUAUGCGACUCUAGGGCCGGAUCUAUAAUCUUUUGCUGCUGCCACCAUCAUCAUUACUCCCCACCACUGAUUUAUCAUGAGAAAUUUACCCAGUUGGUCACCUACCUUACCCACAGCGAUCAGGACCUCCCACACCAUCAACGGACAAUUGCUGGGUACGACACUAAUACAACUUAGCUAGGUAACGGCACGGCACAGACUGAUCGAUCAACGGGCACCGAGAGCUUCCGAUCUGCCAACAAGUCCAAGUCCACACCACCCAAGGGCAGUCGAGACCCGUUCCGAACUGUUGGGCCAGUGAUCCACGCACACGGGUCUUUGUUCUGACAGAACGCUCCCGCUUCUGGAUCACACCCAAACUGUUGGGUCAAGGCUGCCGCUCAAAUCGACAAAGAACCAAGGGACCAGCAGGGAGGGCUCCGAGCGCAAAGGGCCUUGCGUGGAGGAUCCGGGGAGGAGUCGCCGACCGCUGGCUUAUACGGUGUUCUGGGCCUUGUGCCUUGUCUUUUCUCAAGUGACAUAUUUCUCGGCCUUCUCCUUUGCCCGUCCCCCUUCGCUGCCUCGUAGUGUAGCCGCGCCGCACGCCAAAGCUCCAUCUCGGCAUACUCUCUCUGGUGCCAAUAUCUCAACAAUGGCUGAGUCUACCAAGUCUGGCACGUCUGGAGUGUCAUCCUCUAGCACGGCCUCAAAGCCUGUCGAUGACGACAGGUUCACCUUUGAGUCUGUCCUCGACGACUCAUCACACAUCGAGGCCGAUUCCAUAGCCGACUUCCGAGAGGAGUUUGGCAGGACAUAUCAUUCCUACCGUGCCGGCUCAUACUACUUCCCCAAUGACCCCACGGAAGCAGAGCGAAUGGACGAGCAGUACGAGAUCAUCAAGGUCAUCAUGGAUGGGCGGCUUCAUCUGGCGCCGUUUACCCGCGAAAAGUACCCGCGGAAGGUACUCGACAUCGCCACAGGGACUGGGCUUUGGGCCAUCGAGAUGGGAGACGAGUACCCGGAUGCUGAGAUAGUAGGAACGGACCUCUCGCCGAUUCAACCGCCGUUUGUGCCACCGAACGUGAGGUUCUUUGUAGAGGAUUCGGACUACCCCCCCUCAGAAUUCGACCUCAUCCACACCCGCGUCACAAUCGGCUGCUGGGCCGACAUGAAGAAGGAAAUCAUCGCCCGCGCCUUCCACCACCUCAAACCAGGCGGCUGGCUCGAGUGUCAAGAAGUCCCCGGCAUGCCCCACUGCGACGACGGGACCAUGCCCCCGGACUAUGACUGGCUCAAAUGGACCCUCGAGCUCUACAACAGCUCCCGCCUCGCCAACCGCCAGGUCGACGUCGGGGAGCAGCUCAAGGACUGGAUGAGGGAAGUCGGCUUUGUCGACGUCCACGAGGCCGUGUUCAAGAUCCCGCUCAACGGCUGGCCAAAGGACACGAGACUCAAACACGUGGGGAUGCUGUGGCAGAGGAACUUGCUGGAUGGCUUGCAGGGUUUCAGUCUGGGGUUUUUUAGCAAGCAUUUAGGGAAGACGCAGGAGGAGAUUGAGGUCUCCCUCGUGGACGUAAGGAGGAGUCUCUUCAACAGAAAGAUCCACGCUUACCACAAGCUCUACGUGGUCUACGGAAGGAAACCGGAGGGCGCCGCCACCGCGCCUGAAGCUGAGGUAGGAGGUGACACAGGCGAAAAAUAG